GCCCCCCCCCCGCGAGCAGGAUGGACCCCGAGGAGAGAUUUAAUGGGCCCCCCCCGGCCGCCCCCAUCAUCGGCGCGGAGGAUGAGGACUUCGAGAACGACAUCGAACCCACCCCCGAGGAGCAGAGCAGCCCCUUCCAGAGCCUGGAGCUGCUGCGGCAGCGGCCGCUGGCCCUGGCGGCCUUCCUGCAGCACGUCGUGCUCCAGUUCGACCCCUGCCCCGUGGGGUGGAGAUGAGCUGUGCUACCUGCACGCGGAGAUGAUGAGGAGGAUGAGCCCCAAGGAGGGGAGGAAGCAGUUCCAGGAGUUCUGCCAUCUGUUCCUGGACAAGGCGGGGCUCCUGCGGGUGCCUGUCCCACACCACGUCCAGUUUGAGCUGGAGCGCAGCCGCCCGGAGCUGCUGCCCGAGGAGACGCAGCGCCGCUUCCUGCGGGACGUGCAGAGCCUCCAGGAGCCGGAGAUCCGCCGCCAGCUGGAGGACUUCAGGUCGAAGCGGCUGAUGGGGAUGACGCCGGGGGAAGCGGAGCUGGCGGAGCUGGAGCGGGGCCGGGCGCGGGACCCCGCGGGCUGCGAGGCGCGGGAGCGGCUGCUGGCGCAGGGGCUGCUGGCGCGGCUGGAGGAGAUGCACCCGACCAUCUCGUCCGACGAGGAGAAAAGGGAAAGGCCCGGAAGGGUUUCAGCCUCCCCGGGGCCGCGCUGUGGGGCCGAGACCCCCACGGUGCUGAGAUCAGGCAGAGCAAAGGCCCUGAGGGCGAAGCCGAGAAGCCCCUCCCCCCCGAUCGGAGGGUCCCGAGGGGGGGUGAGGGGGGGUCCUCCCGCCCCCCCCGCGUGGGGGGGGGGUCCGGUUGGGACCCCCGACCCCCCCCCAGGACCCCCCCCCACCACCGCCCCUCCCCCCCCGGGCGGGGACAGCACCGAGGCCGAGACAGGAACCGACCCCCCCGGACCCCCCGAAUUGGGGGAGCCCCUCCCAGAGCCCCCCCCGGAGCCCCCGGCAGAGGAGGGGGGGGCUGAGAGCAGCGACAGACGCCGCCUCAGGAUCCCCCCCAGGUUGGGGCGCUCUGAGAGUCUCGGGGCCCCCCCCGAGCGCCGCCGCUCCCAAAAAUCGGGGGGGGGUCUCCAGCCGCCCCCCCCCCGCUCCCGCAGCAACGCCGACCUGCAGGGACCCCCCCCCACCCCGGAGCCGGGGGGGCCCGGAGGGGGCGACCCCCCGCCCGGGGGGGGGUCUGAGGGGUCUGUGGGGCGCGUGGAGCCGGAGCUGCUGGAGCAGGACCCCCCGGCCUGGCGGGAGCGCGCGGCCCCCGAAGCGCUGCGGGGGCUGCCCCAGCGCGAGGUGCGGCGCCAGGAGGUCCUCAACGAGCUGUUCCUGACGGAGCACGCCCACGUCCGCAUGCUGCGGGUGCUGCUGGAGCUCUUUUACCAGCCGAUGCUCCGCGAGGGCUUCUUCGACGAGCAGGAGCUCUCCAACAUCUUCCCCAGCCUGGAGGACCUGGUGGAGGUGCACACCGCGUUCCUGGACAGCCUCAAGAAGCUGCGGGAGGAGAGCGGUUUCAUCAUCGCUGAGAUCGGGGACGUGCUGCUGGCCAGGUUCGAGGGCACGGAGGGCAGUUGGUUCCAGAAGAUCUCGGCGCGGUUCUGCAGCCGCCAGAGCUUCGCCCUGGAGCAGCUCAAGGCCAAACAGAGGAAGGACACGCGCUUCAGCCAGUUCAUCCAGGAGGCGGAGAGCCGGCCGCGCUGCCGGCGGCUGCAGCUGAAGGACAUCAUCCCCACCGAGAUGCAGCGGCUGACCAAGUACCCCCUGCUGCUGCUCAGCAUCACCAAGUGCACGGAGGAGGCGGCCGAGCGCUCCAAGGUUCAGCGCGCGGCCGAGUGCUGCCGGCAGAUCCUGAACCGCGUCAACCGCGAAGUGCGCGACAUGGAGAACCUGAUGAAGCUGAAGGAUUACCAGCGCCGCCUCGACCUCUCCGGAGUGAAGCAGAGCUCCGACCCCCUCCUCAACGAGUUCAAGAACACGGACAUCACCAAGCGCACGCUGGUGCACGAGGGGCCGCUCACCUGGCGCGUGGCCCGCGACAAAGCCGUGGAGGUGCAGGUGCUGCUGCUGGACGAUCUGCUGGUGCUGCUGCAGCGGCACGAGGAGCGGCUGCUGCUGCGCUGCCACAGCCGCGCCCUGGCGCCCGCGCCCGACGGGAAACGCACCCUGAGCCCCGUGAUCCGCCUGCGCUGCGCCAUGACCCGCCAGGUGGCCACAGACCACAAAGCGUUCUACGUCAUCGCCAGCUGGGAGGACGGGGCUCAGAUCUAUGAGCUGGUAGCGCCCAGCGUGGCCGACAGGAAAACCUGGUGCAGCAUCAUCACCGACGCCGCCGGGUCCCUGAAGCUGCCGGAGACCCUCCGGGGGAAGGGGGCGCAGCCCGGGGGGGGACACGGCCCCCCGGCCCCCCUGGAUUACCGGGACCCCUCCGAAAAUGGGGGGGGGUCCCUGAAGGAGCCGCUGCCCCUGGAUGAGCGGGACAAGGACGGGGCCGUGGAAGGCACCGAAUUCGGGGACCCCCCCGAGCGGGGGGGGCUGGGGGGGCUCCCCCGACCCCCCCGCGGCCCCGAGGGGGGGGGGGCUGGCGGCCGCCGCCCUGCAGAGAGGUGAGACCCCCCCCAAAAUGAGCU